AUGGACGAUUAUGUGGCAUCAUAUGAGACAGAACGGGAACUCAUAUCAACAGCGACACAGGUGAGACUAGCACACGCGGAGGCUAGCUUUCGGCUGCGCAGCUACGCUAGCAACAGCGAGUUGUUAAUGCGAAACAUCGAUCCGGAGGAGCGAGCGACGGGACCUUCUCAUCUCGGAGAAAAGCAACAGACCGUCCUCGGAAUGACGUGGGACCCAGAGACGGAUACGCUGGGGUACAACACGAAAAUGCUACGAGUGCCAGACGACGUGAAAAGGUACGAGCGAUCGCCCACUAAAAGGGAACUUUUGAGUGCCGUAAUGUCAGUUUACGACCCAUUAGGCCUCAUAGCGCAGUAUAUGAUAAGCGCUAAGAUCAUAUUCCAACGUGUGUGGACAAAGGGCACGGACUGGGACGAGCGGCUGCCGGCGGAGGAAGCGGAGGACUUUUUCCGGUGGCUGAGGGCACUGAGCGACGUGUCCGCGCUGCGAAUACCCCGACGAUACGCCACGCCCACCGGUGCAGCUAGAAGAGAAUUGCAUAUUUUCAGUGAUGCAUCGACCGAGGCCUACAGCGCGGCGGCCUAUUGGCGAGUAUCGAACGACGAGGAGGAAACGCAAGUGAGCUUAGCUAUAGCGAAAAGCCGAUUUUGCCCGCUAAAGGUAAUGACAGUUCCCAGGCUCGAAUUAACCGCAGCAGUCGUCGGCGUGCGGCUGGCGGAGACAAUUUUACGCGAGCAGCGUUAUCCUGUGACAAAGGUGACGUAUUGGACAGAUUCCAUGGUUGUUCUCGGAUGGGUUCGCGAUGACGCGCGAAACUAUCGUCCGUACGUGUCACACCGACUUGCGGAGAUCGCCGAGAAAACAGAUAGAGACGCGUGGAGGUAUGUACCAACCGCUCAGAACCCCGCAGAUCGAGCGACGAGGUGUCAACCAGCGCAGAGCGUGCGCAUCGAGGACGAGUGGUACGAAGGACCGCGCUUUCUCUAUGGACCCGAGACAUCAUGGCCUAGUCACACAUCGAAUCGAACAGACGACCUGCCUGAGAGGAAGGCGAGGCCGUCAACCGAGACGUCACUGGCGAUCAUCUCAGCGAAGCCAGACCCUUCGAGCGUACUGCCAGACGUGAGACGGUUUAGCAGUUACGACAGACUGUUGAACGCGACAGCGAACGUCUUGCUAUUCAUCGAGAAAAUGAGAACGAAAAGAAGCAAUGGAAGAUGGCCCAAGCGCUUGCCGACCACUUUUGGCGGCGCUGGACCAAAGAGUACUUUCCUCUACUGGCACCGAGGAAGUCGUCCCACGACGGAGGGCGGCAACUUCAACCAGGCGAUGUGGUCAUCGUCGCUGAACCCAAUGGUCCACGCAGCGUGUGGCCCCGAGGCGUCGUCGAGACUACCUACCCGGGACCCGAUGGACGGGUCCGCUCCGCUGACAUCAGAACGAGACACGGGACGCUACGCAGACGGCAGAAACUGA